AUGAAAGUUUGUGCAUUGGUGAGCGGAGGCAAAGAUUCGUGUUACAACAUGGUCAAAUGUGUGGAGUAUGGACAUGAAAUUGUGUGUUUGGCAAAUUUGAGACCACCCAAUGUUCAAAUUCAGGAAUUGGAUAGUUGGAUGUUUCAAACGGUAGGACAUAAUGUCAUCUCGGCCAUUGCUGAAUGUAUGAAUCUUCCUCUUUUUGUUGGAGAGUUAAGUGGAUCUUCAGUUCAGACUUCUUUGGAAUAUGAUGAUUCAAAAAAAGAGUCCAUGAAUGAUGAGGUUGAAAAUUUAUAUCAAUUAUUGAAACGAGUGAAAGAAGAAAUGCCCGAAGUGAAUGCUGUUUCGUGUGGAGCUAUAUUUUCUGAUUAUCAACGAAAUAGAGUUGAAAAUGUCUGCUCUCGACUUGGAUUAAUUUCAUUAAGUUUUUUAUGGAGACGUCCUCAGGAAGAAUUACUCAAUGAGAUGAUUCAAGCUGGAAUGAAUUGUAUUCUCAUCAAGACAGCUUCUAUGGGAUUAUUUCCAAAAAAACAUUUAGGAAAAACCUUGGCCGAACUCCAACCAACAUUUAUGAAAUUGAAAGAUAGUGCUGGAUUGAAUGUGUGUGGAGAGGGAGGAGAAUAUGAAACUUUGACACUUGACUGUCCACUAUUUUCUAAAAGAAUUGUUGUAGACAAGACAGAAAUUGUCAUGAUUUCCGAAGAUGACAUGGGAGGUGUUGGUCAUUUAUUCAUUUCAGAAUUUCAUCUUGAAGAAAAACAAAAUUUCACACCUCUUCAAUCACUCAAGUCCACCAACCAAUCCCAAAUCAAGAUUUUCAUUCCAGAUUAUUCCAUUGAAAAUACCAUGAAGCAAAUUCCUUAUUUAGAAAAACUCAUCGACUGUGUUCAAAUUCACUUGAAACAAGCAUCGUCCUCUUCUACUAGCAUUGACUCUCAUCUCUAUUACGUCACUGCAUGUUGCAAUUAUGACUCUGAAUUAUUGAGCAACUAUGAAAUUUCUCCUUCUUUGGAAAUGUUUGCAAUUUUUCAAAAACUCGAACGUGAAAUUCCUCAUUUACUCAACAAAUGCUUCAUUGUGUGCUUCAAAUUUCAGACACGACUCAUUUCAACUCUAUUAAUCAAGCAUAUUGUUAUUUCUUUUUAA